UUUGUGUUUCUGUUUCAAGUUGAUCCAGAAUCUCCACAAAUCCAAGGUCUUAUCCGGACGUUGGAACUUCCCACACUACCCAAAACGCGCUAUGUCCCACCGGUGACAAAGAUCCUCAAAACAUCGGACGUGGAGCGUGUAGCAUCUCCACAGCCCAAAACAUAGAAACUCCUUCUAGUCUCCCCGCUCUGGGAAAUGUGGACACGAUCAUGCCGAUGAUGCGGGGCUACAGUACGCGAUUGACCGGGCCGGUCGGUCCCGUUGCCGUGCUGGUGGUGGUGCUGCUGCUUGUGGCCCUGCUGCCCGUACCGGCCCGGGCCAACUACGAGCUGUACCGGCAGCACCGCCAGCGCCAGCAAAUGGAGCGCCAGACGCAGAUGCGCCAUCACGAGGAGAAAAAGUCCGAGUUCGUGAAGGGAAAAAUAUGCAUCGGUACGAAUGGGCGGAUGUCGGUGCCGGCGAACCGCGAGUAUCAUUACAAAAAUUUGCGCGACCGCUACACCAACUGCACGUACGUGGACGGCAAUCUGGAGAUCACCUGGAUCCAGAACAUCACCGAUCUGAACUUUCUCCAGCACAUCCGCGAGGUGACCGGGUACGUGCUGAUCAGCCAUAUCGAUCUGCCGCAGGUGAUACUGCCCCGGCUGCAGAUCAUCCGCGGCCGGACCACCUUCAAGCUGAACAAGUGGGAGGAAGCGUACGGGCUGUUUGUGUCGUUCUCGCACAUGAACACGCUGGAGCUGCCGGCACUGCGCGACAUUCUCGGCGGGUCGGUCGGUUUCUUCAACAACUACAAUCUGUGCCACAUGAAGUCGAUCAACUGGGAGGAGAUACUGUCGGCACCGCAGACGAGCAUGCAGUAUACGUUUAACUUUUCGUCGCCCGAGCGGGUGUGCCCUCCGUGUCAUCCGUCGUGUGAGGUGGGAUGCUGGGGAGAGGGCGCACACAACUGUCAGCGGUUUAGCAAGCUGAACUGUUCGCCCCAGUGCUCGCAGGGACGCUGUUUUGGGCCGAAACCUAGGGAAUGUUGCCAUCUGUUCUGUGCCGGCGGUUGUACCGGUCCGACCCAGUCUGACUGUUUGGCGUGCAAGAACUUCUACGACGAUGGCGUCUGCAAGCAGGAGUGUCCACCGAUGCAGAUAUAUAAUCCAACAAACUACUUCUGGGAACCGAACCCAGACGGGAAGUACGCAUACGGUGCAACCUGCGUGCGGAAAUGUCCCGAGCAUCUACUUAAAGACAACGGUGCGUGUGUCAGAAAGUGUCCGAAAGGGAAGAUGCCACAAAACAGUGAGUGUGUACCGUGUAAGGGCGUCUGUCCAAAGACGUGCCCCGGCGAAGGCAUCGUGCACUCGGACAACAUUGGCAACUACAAAGACUGUACGAUCAUUGAGGGAUCGCUCGAGAUUCUCGACCAAUCGUUCGAUGGGUUCCAGCAGGUGUACACGAACUUCUCGUUCGGCCCGCGGUACAUCAAGAUCGAUCCGGAUCGGCUGGAGGUGUUUUCCACGGUGAAGGAGAUUACGGGUUUCAUCAACAUUCAGGCACACCAUCCGAACUUUACCACGCUCAACUACUUCCGCAAUCUGGAGGUGGUCGGUGGCCGUCAGCUCAAGGAGAAUCUGUUUGCCUCGGUGUACAUUGUGAAGACAUCACUGAAAUCGCUAGAACUGAAGUCACUCAAGCGCGUCAACUCGGGCUCGAUCGUGAUACUGGAGAAUAGCGAUCUAUGCUUCGUGGAGGACAUUGACUGGAGCGAAAUCAAGAAGAGCUCGGAUCACGAGGUGAUGGUGCAGAAGAAUCGUAACGCUACCGAAUGUCAUGAAGAAGGAAUGGAAUGUUCGGAGCAAUGUUCCAAGGCUGGUUGCUGGGGUAAAGGACCAGAACAGUGCUUGGAGUGUAAGAACGUUAAGUACAAAGGAAAGUGUUUGGAUAGUUGCAAGAGCUUGCCAAGACUGUACUCAGUGGACUCAAAGACUUGCGGUGACUGUCACCAGGAAUGUAAAGACUUCUGCUACGGCCCGAACGAGGACAACUGUGGCUCGUGUAUGAAUGUGAAGGAUGGUCGGUUCUGUGUGGCAGAGUGUCCCACCACAAAGCAUGCGAUGAACGGAACCUGCAUCAACUGUCACAAGACGUGCGUUGGAUGUCGUGGCCCGCGCGAUACGAUCGCACCGGACGGUUGCAUCUCGUGCGAUAAGGCAAUCAUUGGUAGUGAUGCGAAGAUUGAGCGCUGUCUGAUGAAGGACGAAUCUUGUCCAGAUGGCUACUACAGUGACUACGUACUCCAAGAGGAAGGCCCUCUGAAGCAACUGUCCGGCAAGGCGGUCUGCCGCAAGUGUCAUCCGCGCUGCAAAAAGUGCACCGGCUACGGGUUCCACGAACAGUUCUGCCAGGAGUGUACCGGCUACAAGAAGGGCGAACAGUGCGAGGAUGAAUGUCCGCAAGACUUCUACGCGAACGAAGAGACACGCAUCUGUCUGCCCUGCCAUCAGGAGUGUCGCGGCUGUCACGGACUCGGGGACGAUCACUGCGACGAAUGUCGCAAUCUGAAGCUGUUCGAGGGCGAUCCAUACGAUAACGCAACCACGUUUACGUGCGUUUCCAACUGUCCGGCGUCGCACCCGUACAAACGGUUCCCUCAGGAGGCGGGCAAGAUUGGACCGUACUGCUCAGCUGACUCCAUGCAGAGUGGGCUGCGCAUUGAGCCGCAAACGCAGGUCAAGAUUGUGAUGGGCAGUGUAAUGGCGCUGAUACUGCUGUGUGUAGUAUUCGGGAUUGCGUUUGUGCUGUUCAGCCGACACAAGAACAAGAAGGAUGCGGUCAAGAUGACGAUGGCACUGGCGGGCUGUGAAGAUUCGGAACCAUUGCGACCAUCGAACGUUGGGCCUAACCUAACGAAGCUGCGCAUUAUUAAGGAGGCGGAGAUACGGCGUGGUGGCGUGCUUGGGAUGGGAGCUUUUGGACGCGUGUUUAAGGGCGUUUGGAUGCCGGAGGGUGAGAGUGUAAAGAUUCCGGUCGCGAUCAAGGUGCUGAUGGAGAUGUCGGGCUCGGAGUCGAGCAAAGAGUUCCUGGAGGAGGCGUACAUUAUGGCGUCGGUGGAGCAUCCUAAUCUGCUGAAGCUGUUGGCUGUUUGUAUGACCUCGCAGAUGAUGUUGAUCACGCAGCUGAUGCCGCUGGGCUGUUUGUUGGAUUAUGUGCGCAACAAUAAGGACAAGAUUGGUUCCAAGGCACUACUCAACUGGUCGACACAGAUCGCACGCGGUAUGGCGUAUCUGGAGGAGCGACGACUUGUACAUCGUGAUCUUGCCGCGCGUAAUGUGCUCGUGCAAACUCCUUCCUGUGUUAAAAUCACCGACUUUGGUUUGGCGAAGUUGCUUGACUUCGAUUCGGACGAGUAUCGGGCGGCCGGUGGCAAGAUGCCGAUCAAGUGGCUGGCCCUGGAAUGCAUUCGUCAUCGCGUCUUCACCAGCAAGAGUGACGUAUGGGCGUUCGGUAUAACGAUCUGGGAGCUGCUAACGUACGGCGCUCGUCCCUACGAGAACGUACCCGCGAAAGACGUCCCCGAGCUGAUUGAAAUCGGCCACAAGCUACCACAACCGGACAUAUGCUCGCUGGACGUGUACUGCAUACUACUCUCCUGCUGGGUGCUGGAUGCUGACGCUCGGCCCACCUUCAAGCAGCUGGCCGAAACGUUCGCCGAGAAGGCGCGCGACCCGGGCCGGUACCUGAUGAUCCCGGGCGAUAAGUUUAUGCGCCUCCCAUCCUACACCAACCAGGACGAGAAGGAUCUGAUACGCACGCUUGCACCGGUUGCGAUGGCUGCGGCGGCAGCGGCAGCGGCGGCCGGUGCCUCCAACGUGGACGUGCCGAGCACGAUCGCCGAAACGGACGAGUACCUGCAGCCAAAGACGAGACCGUCGAUCAUGUUACCGGGACCGUCGGCGGUCGAACCGUCGGACGAGAUGCCCAAGUCACUGCGCUACUGCAAGGAUCCGCUCAAGCCGGACGACGAGACGGACGGGCACGGUAAGGAGGUCGGUGUCGGUGGUAUCCGGCUCAAUCUGCCGCUCGACGAGGACGACUACCUGAUGCCAACCUGCCAAAGCCAAAACCAGUCCACGCCGGGCUAUAUGGAUCUGAUCGGUGUGCCUGCGAGCGUCGACAAUCCCGAGUAUCUGAUGGGAUCGACGCAAGCGAUUGCCGGAUUGGCGCAAGGGUCGAUGGGCCCGCAUACACCACCGCCACCGAACACGCCGAACGGCAUGCCCACACAUCAGCACUCCCAGAUUCAGCUGCAGCCGAUACAGCAACCACUGCAGACGCUGCAACAUCAGUACCAGCAGCAGUUGCAGCAACAGCAACAGCAACAGCAACAGCAUCAACAGCAUCAACAGCAUCAACUACAACACCAUCAUCAGCCGCAACUGUCCCAAUCCUCUCACCACUCGUCUUCUUCGCACGGCGGUCCCACCCCUUCCAUCAUCAGCCAUACGCCGUCGCUCAGCAGCGCUAGCGGCAGCAUCGGACCAAAGUCGGCCGACCAGCCCGGAGCUGCCGCCGGUCUGCACCAUCAGCAGCCAUCGUCGCCGCCGACGCAAACGAUCGGCAUCCCGCUGUCACCGACGGAGACGGAGGCGACCUCCUCCGAGCACGAGUACUACAACGAUCUGCAGCGCGAGCUGAUACCGCUGCACCGUAACGAAACGACUGUCUGAUAACACGACGCGCACACUGCUUGCCACAGAGAGGACUGAGAAAAGUAGACAGCAUUGUCUAUCUAGAUUGACGUACAUCGAAGCCGACGGGGAAUGAUAGCGUUAGCAAGUUGGAACUGUUUGCAUCUAGAAGGUGUUUAGAGUAAGCGUAUAUUAAGCAGAGUAGCAGUAGUAGUUCCCUUUGUGAAAAUGUGCCUUUUUUCGGUAGUGGAAGUAGGAUUUGGCGUCAAAAUUCUUUUCCAUCGUAUCAGUGCAACUAUUGUUUCCAUUUAUGGCUCCCUUAGUGAUAGUGAAUAGGGUUUGAGGAGUGUACAGGACCCUGUAGAUAAGAGCUGGCGAGCUGGCACAUAUACCGCGUACAUAGCUAUUAGAAGGGUAAGAAGCUAGCGUAUAACACCAGGUACUUAAAGCAAGAAAGUCACCAGAUACAAAAUCCACAAACGAAGUGAUUAGAACAAUAUAACGUAGUAUAGUACAACGAUGAAAGCAAAAGUAUGGCUGCCUGGGUGGGGGAGAUACGAAAGCUUACAAAAACUCCCACAAGCCGUGUGCUGCCAUGUUUCUGUGUCGAGAGAAGAUCAACUGAUCAGCGCUCUAGAACGAUUAGCCUCCCGACGAAGCCGAUGAUGAGUUUAUUUCAUUGGAAUACCUGUGAUACUACUUUUAAAUUUUGUACUUUUACAACGAGCAAACGUGUGUGUUUGUGAGUUUUGUUUUUAAACAGUAAGCGCUUUUUGGGAUGUUGUACACCGUGGCAAGGUGACAACCAUCGCCGGGAAGCGGGAGGCGAAUACUAACUGAAGAAUCGUCGAAGCAAUCGGGCGCGCUUCAUCGAGCAGUUGAACGACUAAGAUCGAACACAGAACCCACACAUAGUAACGAUGAUAAUUGCAAUGAAUAGAUUUCCUGUAAGUGUGUCCAGCGUUUUUUUAAUGAAAACGAAGAAAGCUCCCAACAGCUGAUAACCACCCAGAACGAUUUUAGUGUGAACAUACGAUUACUAUAACAUUUAACAAUCACUUACCUUGGCACCAUGGCUGUCCCACCUGUAUACUUGCCUGCAUCUACCUUAUGCUACUUAAACAAAUUGCCCCACAAUCGUUCGUUCUAUUUUUAUGUGUACUUUAGACUGUUGCGUUUUUGCUUCGAGGCUCGCAUUCGUCGGCCUCGUCGCGUCCUUGUGUACUCCUCACAUUGUUGCCACUUGCUAUUCCAGCAAUAUUAGCUUAACAGAGCGUAACAGAACAAUUCAACAAAACAAUAUUCGGCUACGUACUAUUAGCUAUUAGCACUAAGCAGUUGUGUUUUAAGCAGGUGAUGUGUCUAUGACUGUACAUACAGACACGGUGCACUGUAAAGCCCAAAUCGAAUAACUGUACUUGUACUCUUACCUUGUGUAGGCUUGUAGGGAUUAGUAGAUGGAAGGACACCAUGUAAAUAGGGUUUAGUCGGUAUAGAUUAAUAGAUAGGAGGAAAAGUUUAAAGAAGUUAAGGGGGAGAGAUCGUAUAUAUAUACCUAUAGGAACUGAGCUCAAUUUUAGGCGAGCUUUAAGUGAGGGCUCGAAACGCCAGAUCGUCGUUUUAGUGUAUGUAAAGUGUAAAACAUAAAACCACGAAUGUCGAAUGCCAGGCACAUUGUAGCAGAUUUUAAGCACACACAAACCAGAUGGAUGAUGCCAAUCCCAGGAUGUCUAUCUGGAGGCAUAUUAUUGCCCUUCACACAUACACACACACAAACUGUCAAGGAGAGCUUAAACAGAAAAGCAAUAGUAGAAGUACAACGAAUCGAAGUGCUCCACAUCCGGCAGAACGAUACAACAAUAGAGACGCGCAUACUUAUUACGAAAUCGUGCCAUUGUGAAGUCGUCUACGUCUGAAGUGUGCGUUUUUGCUGGAGAUGGUGUUAGUUGAUAGAAGAGCGUGUAGGAGCUCCUCCCUUGAGUCUUACCCAGUCUUUCCAUGCCGGGUGGGUGUGUGUGUGUGUGUGUGAGUGUGUACACUACGUUUCUUCGUUAGGAUCUAGUGAAGGAGCAGCUGGGGCAGCAAGGAAACGGCGACACUGCUGGGCAUGUCAGGCAUGUAACCUUCUGGUAGUGCAUUUGUUAGGUGGAAAUGUAACGAGGGAUCCUUAAUUGUUGACAAUUUUAAAUUAUACGCAUUUUAAAAUAAUAA